AAAAUUAUCCAAAAAAUGAUGAACAACGAAGAGGCAGAGCAAGAAGAAGAAUUCAGUGAAUGGGUAGUGAUACAAACGUCACCCAAAUCCCCACCAAUUGACGCAUCUACCCCUCAAACCUCACCGAUAUUACAACCAAGCCACCGCCGUCAAUAUCCGCAAGACGACGAUGAUGAUCAAGAUGCUGCUGUUGUCCCCAUCGUCGGAGAAGAAGAUGAAGAAGAAGGCGAAUCCUCCUCCGCCGUGAAUCUAUCGCUGCCAUGGCGCGUGAUCGAGACUUUCAAGAAGCGAUUGGUGAAGGACUCAAUGCUCUUCUUCCAAGCCGUCGAGAGAGCGCGUUGCAAUUACUUGUCUCGUAGAAGGGUACUAUGGUCAUUUACACUCAUCUGUGGCUUGUCCUUGGUCUCGAGCCUUGUAUAUGUAAAGCUGGUGAGAUGGUGGAGACGAUUACAGGAAGAGAAGCUGAGAUUUCUGCUUCUUCUGCUCAGAGAGAAAGAUCAGAAAAUAAAGGAAUUGAUGCUUGAAAUUAAGAGGUUGAACGAGUUGUUAUCAUCAAGACGCAGAGUUCGAGUGGUUCGAAUCGUGUGA